AUGAGCGCAGAGUUGCAGUCCACACAUUUUCUUGGUGACAUCAUGAAGUAUCGACAGACUUCGCCGACGGCCUCAGAAGCCACAACCUUGCCGUGUGGAAGUGAGGCCGCCUACCAGGACUCAGACUUUGACACAGACUCUGACUGCCCAGAAAGCCCCUUGAAUCAGACCAAGCUGCCUCCUACAGCAACCCAAGGGGCCUUGGAUCUUGUGCGGAAAGAGAGCAGAUUGCUCGUCGGCCUGAUCAAGGACAACCUCAACGCUGGCGCCACCCCUGUCGUUGUCAUGUACGUUGCCACCGCAUGUGCGACGACGGGAGCCACCUGGCGCGGGACUCUUGCUGCAGCCGCGAUGGGCCUACUUUACUUGACCGUCUUCGAUCUGGUGAACCAAUGGAGCGGUGUCACGGAGGACGUGAUCAACAAACCUUGGCGGCCCAUCCCCAAGGGUUUGAUGACAGUUUGGGGCUGCAAGGUGCGCUGUGGAGUUGUGGCAAUCGCAUGUCUGGCCGUAUCACACGCGUACAGCUUGAUGCUGCCAUGCGUGCUGUGCUUUUCAGCAACCUUCGGCUAUGCAGUGGGGUGGGACAAGAACUUCGUCUUUCGAGGAUUUGUGUUCAUGCCCAUGAUCUUCAUGAUCCACUUCAUUGUUGCAACGCGACUAGCGCUCGGGCCGGCUUCGGAGAGCAAGGCACUCUGGGAAUGGGCGGCCCUUUUCGUCGCCUACUACACGGUUCCUUUUCUGCUCGCGGACCUCCGGGAUGUGCUGGGUGAUGCAGAAGUGGGCCGUCGGACGCUUCCAGUGUUACUUGGGGCCGGUCGCUUCCGAGCAAUGCUUUUUGUCUUAGUUGCCAUGCUAUCGCCCCCAGCACUUCAGCAAAUGCUGGCUGCAGUUUGGGCAGAACAAGCAGUCCUUGCGUGGGUGUGCCUACUGUGGAACUUCAUGUUUGUUGUUGCAAUCUUGUAUUACUUGGCCGCUGGGAACAGCAGGCGAGAGCACAUCCUUGCUUACAAGCUGGUGGUUUGCAUGUACACGUUUGGCACGGCCCCGUGCUUUUAUUUCAUUAUUCCGGCCACCCUUCAGACGUAG